AUGUCCAUCGAAAAUCUCAAGACCUUCGACCCCUUCGCCGAAGCCGACGAAGAUACCGGGGAAACUAAGCAGUCUCAAAACUACAUCCAUAUUAGGAUUCAGCAGCGCAAUGGUCGCAAGACCUUGACUACUGUCCAAGGUCUGCCCAAGAAAUUCGAUCAGAAGAAGAUCCUCAAGGUCAUCAAGAAGAAAUUCGCUUGCAAUGGCACAAUCGUCAAUGACACUGAGAUGGGCGAGGUGAUCCAGCUUCAGGGUGAUCAGCGCAAAGAUGUCCAAGAAUUCCUGGUUGAUAAAAAGGAAGGGCUGGAACUUGAUGCCAAAACUAUCAAGGUCCAUGGGUUCUAG